AUGGCCAGAACCAGGACGAACCGGGGAGAAGAGAAGAAGACUCGCGUCGGUAUUACUAUGUUUGGGGUGACUGCCCCAUGUGUGGAUCAUGUGAGAAAGCACUUGGAAGACAACUAUUAUGUGGAGGUCUACGUGUUUCAUGCGACUGGUCAUGGGGGAAAGGCCAUGGAACGAUUGGUUGAGGAAGGCCGUCUAGACGCCAUUUUGGAUAUCACAACGACUGAGAUAUGCGAUCUCAUCGCGGCCACGGAUAUGGUCAACUUUGGUCCGGUCGACACAGUGCCACGUCAAUACCGUGACCGGAAGCUGUUCGUCCGUAAUCCAAGCGUGACUCUAAUGCGAACCUCUUUGGCCGAAUGUCGGGAAGUCGGGGAUUUCAUACUCGAUAAACUAAAGCGGUUUGCCCAGGACCCAGGCAUGGUUGAGAUGUGGCUUCCUGGGGGAGGAGUGAGUAGCAUUGGGACAGCAGGGUCGGUAUUUGCGGAUGAUGAUGCUGAUACUGCCCUUGCUGAUACUUUACGCGGCGGACUCACUGAUAGCAAAAUCGGCGUGGUAUCGGAUGAGCGAGAUAUAAACGAUGAUGGAUUUGCACUUGACAUUGCGGACCGGCUUAUGGAUCUCGUGGCAGAGCACUCUUGCAGUGCCAUAGCGAGCUAG